GAUGUCCGCAAAAUUCCUGUCCUGACAAGCUGCCAGUUUUUCAAUACGAGUAGUCGCCCAGCGCAGCCAACAGCGCCGCCGUGCCGCGGGGUCGACCGGCCGUAGCUAGCCCGAUACUAUGCACAUGCACAAGUCAGAGCAGAGAGGAUAUAUUAUAAUCUCCUUAUUCCUUUGGAAGUUUGGUCAGAGCACAGGCGGAGAUGCAUGCGGAGACCCCUCUCUCUCUUCUUAGCUGAUCCCUCCACUCUGUAAAUUCAUAGGAAUACGGGCCAUAGACAGGAAUAACCGUCGUUUCUGGGGAUUUAUUCAACAAUUUCUGACAUUUUACUGUAAUCCCCAUUUGAGUGGAGCCAACGUAGUUCAGCGGAACAACCAAAAUACAGAGACUGAAGCUUUUGGUCUAUACGGGCCAUAGAUAUAGAGUCCAAAUGGAAUAUACAUGUACGCGUACACUACAGUCUGCAGUACAGACUACAGUACAGGUACCACCGACCCCAUUGAAAAUACAUGACAUCGAGAUGGCCAUGCUUGAAGUCUGACCAAUGUGAGCUGUGAAAACCAUCAGAAGCGAUGGAGGGUCCUGCAAAGAGAGCCAUCACCCCAACAUCAGGAAAGAAGAGGAAGAGACCUGCUUCCAUUUCUCCAAGAAAAGGGAAGAAAAGACUUUCAUUAUCAGAAGUAAGAAAGCAUGUGAACUCAGCCACAGCCUCACAGCCAACGAAAAGGGAUGAUGCAGGAACAUCAAGUAAAAAUCCCCCUCGUUCCAUAGAGUCUUUCUUUGCAAAAGCCAAGCCUCCGCGGUAUACGCCAUGUCCUGUUUGCUCCGAGGAGAUCAAAUUGUCGGAGAUCAACAGGCACUUGGAUUCGGGAUGUCUGUCCAAGCAAGAGAGUCCCGCUAAAGGAGAGGAAGAGUCUGUGAAACAGAGUUCAAGAAAAGUUGCAGAUGUGAGGAAUGAUGUCAAAGAUAAGAGGACAAGACGUCGCCUCCAGAACAAGUUUGAGUCAAGUCCGUUGUAUCAGCAAAGCUCUUCAAGCCUUUCAUCUGAUGAUAAUCAAGAAAUUUGUGUCCAAAAUCAUGGCUUGAAGGGUAGUGAAAUACCAGAAACACUUGGUAAGGAAAUUAGCAUUAGUCAUGUCCUCAACCAUUCUGAAUGUGCAGAUCAGGAUUCAGAGGAUGCUUUUGUUCAAUCAUCAGAUACGAGUAUGCCAGAAAAACAAAACAAACGGGACAAUUGUAAAGCCAGAUCCCGGUUAAGCUUGAAGAAAUUACGGCAGAGAAAAAGUGAUUCAGAAUCAAAUUUUGAGUCGGAAGAAGUGCAUGAUGUAACUAAAGAUGCUAUUAGAACUGAAUCUCACUCUCAAAGUAAGAAGGUUACCUCACCUUUUUUCAAUCAUGCAAGGAAAGGCAGUGCCAAUAUCAAGUCACCAGGAAGUGCAGUCAGGUCGAGUGGCCAAUCUGAGGGAACCCUUUCACAGAAUCUGCAUUAUGCAUCCUCAGAUGAUGCAGUAGAAUCUUUCAGGAUUACCCCAACUCGAAUCUAUAUUCCUGAAAAGAAGAGUUCUCAAUCGACUUUGAAUUCUGUAAGUCCUGAAACCAAAGCAUCUACCUCUUCAACAUCAUCCCAGCAGGGAGGUUCCAGAAAUAAAAUUUCUCUUACAGGAUCACCUUCCACGUCCACAGGACAUGACAGAGGUUCUAGGAAGAUUCACAGAACUCCUGUGAGAACUAAAUUGUUCAGUGACUCGGGGAAACCACAGGUUGAACCACUACCAACACAAACAAGUAGGUUUAGUAAAGAUUAUGUAUCAAAGGGUCACAGACAAUCCCCAAGUGGUGCAUUAAGUACAAGUAGUCCCAUAGUUGAUGUUGGAAAAGGUCUGACUGAUGGCCCUGGUGCUAGCUCUUCACUGCCUUCUAUACCUACCUCAGCUAACGGCUCAUUUACAUCAACUCCAAAGUCCAGUUCUAUAGAGAUUAACAAGGGAUUAUCAUCAUCAAAUGGAGAAAGUGCAGCAACUUCAUCAUUAAGUACUUUCCAUUCAUCAACACCCAAGAAAGGCUCACCCUACACCUCCCCAGCAAAGUCUGGUACAACGGCAACAUCUCCCGCGAGGUCGGACACACUUGGGUCUCCACAUAAGCCAAGGGAACCUUACUACAUAGUGAACUUCAAGCUGAUCUUGAAUGCUGUCCUGAAGAAUGAGUUUGACGCUCACCUCUUUGAUGAUGAAGAUCAUGCCCAGGUGUCCAAGUUCAACAGUUUGUCAGGUCCUGCACAACAACUGUAUGUGCGGUUGUUCCAGAGGAAGUUCACCUGGUUUCGAGUGGCUAAAGUUGAUUAUCCAAAGAUUUCUUUAAAUCUGAAACCCCUCUUCACUGAGAUGAUCAAUGCUGGUUUGCUGAUAACGGAGAGUUCUUUGGACGACUUGGCUGUCACACUCAAACUGCUGAUGGCACCCGACCUGAAACAGUUGGCCAAGGAUUUCAAGGUCGGAGGGAGCGGCCAGAAGGGCGACAUGGUAGACGCCAUCAUUAAGUAUUCCUCAAGACAACGAUCCUUCUUUUCAGCUAACAUGGAUAAGAUUGUACUGAAAAAAGCCAAGAAACUUCUUGGUAGCUGCGUGAAGCUGACUAAAGAACCUCGAGCUGUUUUCAACAGGAUCAUCAUGCUGUUCUCACUAGUGAGGCAAGAUCUGAUAGAGGAAGAAAAAGGCAGCUCCGGUCAGUCGGCAUUACAAACAGAACUCCUGGUGAACAUGGGUCGUAUGAGCUACCCAGCCUACACUGUAUUCAGAACAAGAAGUUUCUUUGCCUCCAGAGAAGAUUUACUCAGGUAUGAAGUCGCCAUGCAUUACGAGAAUGAUAUAGCCGAUGCACUGGGUAUCAAUGACUUUGAGUUGGCUGACAGAUUGCAGGCAACAGCUAUGGUGACGUAUAAGGAGCUGGCCAAAGAUGAACAAAUCCUCAAGCACGACGAGACCCUGCCCGAGUAUCUUCGCUGCUACAGCGCUGGCUGGGUCUACACACACGUCGGGUACCAGGGUGUGGAGAUCAGACAGAAGCAGCGAAGGUAUGAAGAAGCUGUGGAGCUCCUGCGAGCCCUCCUGGAGCAGAAGGUCUACUGCCCCGACAGGAGAGGUGGGUGGUACGAUCGGCUGGCGCUGAAUCUUGAUCAACACUGCAAGAAACAGCAUGAGGCACUUGAUUGCAUCAAGGAUGGGAUGGCUGAUCCCAAAGUAAGGGUGGGUCAUCGAUUGGCUCUACAGCUCAGAGCCCAGAAGAUACUCAAAUCCAACAAGAAACAACUCUCAGAAAGAGCCGACGAAUUUCAGUUUGACGAUGUCUUAGAAACUCCAAAGGUUACUAUUCAGGGAACAGUCCUUCCCCAUCAUGGACCCGGCGUUCGGAACACCUUCAUCAGUUCCUACCAAGGACCACUGGAAACGGAUGAAGGUAUUGUGGUGUGCAGUGUGGAGCAAGUGGCUCUAGAGCACUACAAACAGCAAGGAUACACUGAAGGUAUACAUGGUGAAGGAACCACCUACAGUACUCUUAUCUUUGUCAUCUUUUGGGAUAUUGUCUUCCAUCCGAACAUCCCAGAUGUCUUCUGCUAUCCCUUUCAGACAGCACCAUUAGACUUGAGGACAGAUCACUUCUACACCAACCGUUGCGAUGCCAUACAGAGGAAGUUAGACGAGGUACGUGAAGCGGAUGAGGAACAGCUAGCAACCAUGCUGGAGACCAACUGGAUGGAGUAUGAGGGAGACCUGUGUGUGGGUCUCAGCUGGGAAAUCUUCAGGGAUGUGGAACAUGCUAAGGGUUUGCUUAGGUGCAUAGGAGGCAAGUUACUAAGUGCCAUAGCUGAGCGUAUCCUUACCAAUCAUCGUCAUUGCAGAGCUGGUCGACCUGAUCUCACUAUGUGGAACCCAGAGACCAAGAAAUUCAAGUUGGUGGAGGUGAAGGGACCCGGUGAUCGUCUUUCACAGAAGCAGAUUCUUUGGAUUGAUUUCUUUCUUCGUCACGGGAUAGAGGCCGAGGUUUGCCAUGUAGAAGCUAUUGGAAGCAAGCGUUUGAAACGGAAGGUGCAUGGUAGCCAGAGUACCAAUGACACAUCAAGCCAAGAUUCGGUUGUCACUGUAGAAUGAGAGUUCCAAAGGUACAUGUACCAUCUCUUGCCUAUAGACGUCACAGAGCGGACAUGAUCCCAGGUGCCAUUUCAUAAAGCUGUUCGUAAAUUAAGAGUGACUUUUAGAACGACUGGUGGUCCUUUCUUGUGGUAAAUGAUAUUCACCAUUUAAGUGUUCAUUGAUGACUAUUUAGCAUGUAAGAAAUGUUUACCAGACAUUAAAGUUGCUCUUGACUUACAGCUUUAUGAAACACCCACCAGGUGUGUCAAAUUAUGGUUGGCCUUGAUGAUCUGGAUAUCUCACACUUUUUCAACCAGGAAAUAAAACUUGUCAUAAAUACAAAAUUGCAAAGAAGCAAGUCUCUUCUAUACCUAGACGCCGCUCUGUUUUACAGAGAUGCAUCAACGAAUGGAACAACCUUCCCUCAGGUUUAGUCGAGAGCCCAUCUGUAAACAGCUUCAAAUCCAAUUUGUUGAAAUUUUGGAACUCAAGAAAAGAGACAUUUGACCUAGAUGCACGUUUUGCUUGUUCAUGUUCGAACGCUGUACAGUGCCAUUAAAACAGUGUUCCGGAAUUCUUCACGAGAAGUCAACAAGAGGCUACUAAGUUUGUAACUUUAAAUGCCUACAUCCAAGGUAUGAAGUUCACUGCCAAUACCAUAAGGUGACCACCAUAGCCUGUAAUCCAAGUUAUGAUAGGGAGGCGCGAUAGCUCAGUCGGUUGAGCAGGUGUUUCGGACUCGGUGACCCGGGUUCGAUUCCCACUUGGUGCGGUAGUGCCCUUUGGUAAGACAUUAAUCCUCAUCACCAGGUCCCUCAGAGACAACCCUAAGCCGUCGGUCCUCUGGUUGCUUGCUUACAUUAUUACAUCAUUAUUUCAUUCUGUGUAAAUUUUUGUUUUUAUAAUUUGAAUCUACUAUUGUCAUAAUCUAUUAUUUUACCUCUAUUUUGCUAUCACUCUGUGUUUUCUUUUCAUGCUUUCUUAGCAAUCAGGUAAAAGAAUACCACCACCAAAAUUGUUGGCGAGGUUUAAAGCUUGGUAAAAAAACGAUUGAUAGCUUUCAGUCAAAACCCAAUUACAGGCACAUACCUGACAUCAUUGUUCACUUAAUAGAAAACUAUGAAGUAAAAUUGUAUAUCUGAAGCCAAAAUGACUUUAUGCUAAGGAGGGGGGGGGAGCAAAGGAAAGAAUAUAAAUUUGUCAGAGAAAGGGGAGAGGUAUGAGAGCAAGAUGCAUUUUGCUGAUUUGUUCAAAACAGCCCAUAAUCCAUGUUUUUUUUUUUUUUACUUUCUGUGUAAGGUUUAGGUGGCAAGUUAUCAAUUUCCUCGUCUUAUCUCUCCUCAAUAGGUAUAUUGUCAAAUGCCCCUCAUAAAAAAGAACACCCAAGAAGUCUUUGUCGAAAUUGGUGAACCAAAACGGCGGUUUCAUCCUGGAUUAACAACAUAUUUGCAAUUCUUGUGAGCACCGAAACUGCUGUUUGUUUACCAAUUUUUACACCGCUGUUCAUUGUCAUUUGACGAGCAUUUUCAAUACAUUUACUGUGUUGUUGAAUCCGUCCUGCGUUUCAGAGUGAAAACUCUUCAACACACUAUUAUAAUCAGAACAGGUGGGUGUUUCAUAAAGCUGUUCGUAAGUUAAGAGCGACUUUAAGAACGACUGGCGCAAAACCCUCGCCAAUGAACGUUUUUGUGUAUACCAUUUACCACAGGAAAGGAUCACCAGUCGUUCUUAAAGUUGCUCUUAACUUACGAACAGCUUUAUGAAACACCCACCUGGGGUAAUAAUAUGGAGUGAAGUAGAUACCAAUAGUAUAACCAUACAGCAGUGCUGGGCGAUACUUCAAUAUUAUUGAAAUUAUGGGAUAUUACUAUGAGAUUUUGAUAAAAUGAAAUGAAAAUUUGAUAAGAGUAAUAUAUGAUGUUGAUAUACCCCAAAUAUUGUCGAUUAUGAAGUUAAUCACUAUUUUUUUUUUUAACCACAAAUGCUGCUCUGUAUUGCUGUCAAGUUAAACCUACUCAGAACUCUGAAAGUGGGUACCCGAAUGCCUACUUUUUUUUCAUGGACAAGCAGGUACUGGUAGUAAUAAUGAAUUUGCAUCAUGAUUUUUGCGUUAUAAUUGACUAACAUUGAAUUCAAACAUCGACCUGGGGCCCGGCAUACAAAGAGUUGCGAUUGAUCCGAUCAAUCGCAACUAUGGAAAGCCAGCAGAAUCAACAUAAAAAAUGCAUGUUUGUUAAAAAGAAUUUCUACAUGUAGAUAAGAAUUUUGCAAAUUUCCUGGAGAAAAAGUUGACACCGAUAACUUUCCAUAGUUACGAUUGAUUGGAUCAAUCGUAACUCUUUGUAAGAUGGGGCCCAGCACUACCCUACAGGCCUUCAUGAUCAUAAUCAGUCAGGAGGCAGGUUCUGUUUAUCAAUUACCUCGGUGUGGAUCAAAAUAACUUUGAAUUCUGUCAUAAUUGCUCUCAAUAUAAAGAUGAAAUCAUCAAAAUUGUGUAAUUAGGUGCAUUUCCAUCACGUCCACUCUAAUUUGGUUUUGGUGGCCAUUGAAGAAAGAUUUGUUCAAUUUCUAAAACUUUAAAUUAAAAGGUUUUUUUUACAUUUAGUGUUUUAAUUACACAGGCUUAUUGUUUUAGGGUGGAAGAGAAAAUAUAUGGUAUGAAAGGUUUUAAUUUUGUGCAAUAAUAAAAUAUCAAUAAGGCAA